GUGCCGACCAUAGCCGGUAAGGUCACGUGGGAAGUCAUAUUUGGUGUCCCGGAGAGGGUCUCGGUUGGCUGCAUCUAGCGGAGCGGCCAGAUAGACGGCCAAAUCACAUCUUCUUAGAACGCCGUUAACAACUCUGUUGUACUGCGAAAGCUAUGCUAUUUACGCGGUUGCGCAUGGCCAAGCUGAGCGGCCUGUCCCGGCUUACGCGCAAGGCGCUAAAUCAGGCCUAUCUUCUCCUGUCACCCACCCUGUGUUCCGCCCUGUCAACCAUGCGUCCGCGGCUGAUGCUAGAACCCUGCAGUAGGCGCCUCCAUUCCGGCUCGCCUUCACCGAGUCAGUCUGCAUCCGCAGCGACAUCUAACCACCCAGGCUCCUCCCGAAGCUCCGUGCCGUGAGUCCCCCUUACGCGUGAAGCGAAGAUCGGCCAUGUCGC